CAAUUGAGCGUUUUUGCCGUUUACAGCAAGCCACUUGCACAUGCACGCUUACUGCAUUUAGAGUGCAUUUGCACAAGCAGCCACUGGAACACAACGCUGAGGACUGCUUGGGUUGAAGGUGUCGCUGCACGCUAAGCGUCUCGCUUUGUACAAUUCGAUUUGCCUAUUGCGCUUAGAUACAAUUUAGCAUACAUAGAGCCUAACCUUUGAUGGUCCACACACCCCACGACAAGGACACGGUGAAGCGAGUCGCAAGCUACGCACAGGCUGUCCAGGGCCCAGCUCACGACGAGCAAUCUCUUUCCCCGGCCUCCUCCAAGCCAGCUAUGGCGCCAGCACCGAGCCCGCGUUCAUGGCUGGUCACCGCAGUAGCCAUCUUGUGCUGGUAUUGCAGCAAUAUCGGCGUGCUGCUGCUCAAUAAGUAUCUGCUUUCUAGCACCGGGUUUGACAACCCGGUUUUUCUCACGCUAUGUCACAUGGUGGCUUGCGUGAGCAUCGGGGGGCUGUCCUCGGUGCUUGGCGUGACCCCGCUCAAGCUGGUCAAGUCGUGGCAGCAGUUUCUCAAGAUCGUGGUGCUUGCAGCAGUCUUCUGCCUCACAGUCGUGCUUGGGAACGUCUCCUUGGCGUUCAUCCCAGUUUCGUUCAACCAGGCAAUCGGCUCCACGACGCCCUUCUUCACCGCCAUCCUGGCCUUCACCAUGCAGGGCCAGCGCGAGGUGCCGCUCACCUACGCCUCGCUCAUCCCCAUCAUGCUGGGCGUCAUCGUGGCCAGCGGCGGCGAGCCCGCCUUCAACGUCAUCGGCUUCACCUGCUGCCUGGCCGCCACCGCGCUCCGAGCCCUCAAGUCCGUGCUUCAAUCUAUGCUAAUGUCCGACCCCGCCGAAAAGCUGGACCCCAUGAGCCUGCUGCUCUACAUGAGCGGCGUCAGCGUGACGUUCCUGCUGCCCAUGGCGGUGGCUCUGGAGCCGACGUCGUUCCGCGAGGCCAGCGCCCUGGUGGCGGCUUCGCCCAGCUUCCUGUACUGGCUUAUCGGCAACAGCUGCCUGGCCUACUUUGUCAACCUCACCAACUUCCUGGUCACCAAGUUCACCAGCGCGCUCACGCUGCAGGUGCUGGGCAACGCUAAGGGCGUUGUGGCGGCGGGCGUGUCGGUGGCGGUGUUCCGCAACACCGUCACCGUGCAGGGCUGCCUGGGGUACGCCAUCACAGUGGGGGGCGUGUUCCUGUACUCGGAGAGCAAACGCCGUGCCAAGGCGGCGGCGGCGGCCGUCGCGCCGGCUGGCGCCGCCCGUGCCGGCGACGUGGAGGCCAAGGGCGAGCGCGAGCCGCUGCUGAUGUCGGGGUCGGCGACGCAGGCCAACGGCAAGACGUUUUUUCGUGGAUGACUGCGGGGCGGCGGCGAGCAUACACCAGCAGCCGGAGCCGCAACGGGCGCUUGGGCAGCGGGGGAAGCAGGAGGAGCAGCGGCAGGGCGGCGAGAGGAUUAGUACGAGCGUGUUGGAGAGCAGCGGCCAGCAGGCGGCGGGUGGCCAGCCCGGUGGGCCGGGCAGUGCUGGCGGCAGCGGCGGCAGAGAUGGUGCCAGCAGUAGGGAUGCUCCCGAGGCGACCGGUGCUGCUGCUGCACAUCCAGGGGUUGACGGUCCCUCAGCCCCGUGCCACGCAGAAGGUGAGAGGAGCGUGUCAGGGCCAUCAGCAGCAUCAGGGUCGGAAGGGGCUGAAGGCCGCCUGGGCUGGUCGGGACGCCAGCGGUCGCAUCAGGCGCUGCCCGAUGCAGCCGGUGCAUGCCCUGCGUCAGGGCGGAGGCAGCUGCGGCGGCGGCAGCAGCGGCUGCACGUGCCCAAUCACGCGGCGGUGUUGGCGGUUGCGGCGCCUCCCUGGCCGGUGGCUAGUCAAGGGAGCGGCAGCAGCGGCUUUGGAGUCGGUCCGGUCGGACGCGGGGGCCCUGCUGCGGGAGUGAUGGCGCGGUCUGGCAUUGCCGCUGCCGCCUUGUCUGGCGGUCGCAUUGCUGUGUUAGGGGUCACAGCGGCGGCCAGCAAUGGCAGAUGGCAUGGCAGUUGGCGUGGCGUCGUCGGCGCUGCUGCUGCUGCUGGCGCCCCCUCGCGCAGGCUGCCGCAGUGGGUGGCGGGGCGUGCCUUGCUGCGCCCGGGCCUGCCGCUGAGCGCUUUGGUGGUGCUGACGAGGGCUGCGGCGGGCGCACGAGGCAGCCUGGCGCCUUGACAGCCACUGCGCCUCCGCGGCGGCACAUGAUGGAGGCUAGGCGCCGUGGUGGUGGUUUCGUGGUCAUGUUGUGGUCUGUCCGACUGCAUGCAUAGUUCAUGUGGGUCAGUACGCGCCUGGCGUGGGUCAGCGCGCAACUACAUACAGAGGCGUGUCCUGGCGGGGAGAGGCAGGGCCGCAUAAGCACAGCGCACUGCUUGUUCGAGUGUGGAAAAGUGUCUUGUCCGAUUGCGAGCUCGGCCUUCGAUGCUCGCUGUCUCCAGUCCAACAUUUCAAAAGUGUUCAAACUUCAAAGGUGUAGUGUCCGAGAUACUGAGAGUGUUUGCAUUUGCACCGGUGGGCGCGGCUGUAGGUGCUCAGGUUAGGGACGUGUCCGCAAGCCUUGAGGGGAAAGGGAAACUGUGGCGCUCUAAGCCCUUGUUCACGGCUGGACUUAGUGUGGGGUUUUCGACCUGUGCUAAUGGUCACACGCUUGUUUGCAAGCGGCGUGCGGACGUGUUUGGGGGCGUCUCGACGGGUCCCUGAAUGUUGUGCCGACGCCCCCAGAAUCCAAAUGUGACGAACCCAAUAACCCAAUGACCAGAAUGCGUGUGACGGGCGCAAUUGCGCUAAUGAAGGAGAGGCUGAGCUGCUGAGGCGAGUUGUGCAGACGCAGGCUGGCUGCAAGUGAGACUGUGAGAGCCACGGAGGCGCGCCAUUGCACCAUUCGCUCACGGUCAGGCUAAUUAGGAAGCCGGGUGCGGAGUACACGGAAUGGGUUGCACGCCGCGCUGAAAGUCAUCACUGGCAGUACGGGUACUGACGGCAGGGCUGCCAGGACAGGCGGAGCGCGGGGCAGCAAAGGCGCCCGCGUACAGGGGCCAACCGCCACCUACCGUACACACGCUAGGCCAGGAUUAGAAGAUAGCAUGACAUUUUAAACUGCAGGC